GCCUUCUCCCCGACUGCAGGCGGACCAGUCUAUCCCGCCGCAGCGCCGAAGUCUGGACAGCCUGCAGGAGGCACACACGCCCACACCCACUCCGCCUGGCCGCAUCCCUACUCAGCAUGUCGGCGCUCGAGUGGUACGCCCACAAGUCUCUGGGCGACGGUAUCUUCUGGAUUCAGGAACGCUUCUAUGAGUCAGGCAACCGCGCCAACAUCUGGCUAGUGCGAGGCUCGGAGCAAGACGUUGUGAUCGACACAGGCCUGGGCCUGCGCAGCCUCCCGGAGUACCUGUACUCUUCUGGCCUUUUGCAGGACCGCGGGGCCAAAGAGGAUGCGGCAUGCCGGCCACUGCUGGCUGUGGCCACUCACGUGCACUUCGACCACUCCGGCGGCCUCUACCAGUUCGACCGGGUGGCAGUGCACCACGCCGAGGCCGAGGCGCUGGCUCGCGGGGACAACUUUGAAACCGUGACCUGGCUGUCCGACAGUGAGGUGGUCCGGGCUCCGAGCCCCGGCUGGAGGGCCAGGCAGUUUCGAGUGCAGGCGGUGCAGCCCACCCUCAUUCUGCAGGAUGGGGAUGUAAUCAACCUUGGUGACAGACAACUCACUGUUAUGCACAUGCCUGGUCAUUCCAGGGGCAGUAUUUGCUUACAUGACAAAGACCGAAAGAUUCUCUUCAGUGGAGAUGUCGUGUACGAUGGAUCACUGAUUGAUUGGCUCCCCUACAGCCGGAUAAGUGACUAUAUUGGAACCUGUGAACGUCUGAUAGAAUUAGUGGACCGAGGUCUGGUAGAGAAGGUGCUUCCUGGGCACUUCAAUACCUUUGGUGCUGAAAGGCUUUUUCGAUUGGCUUCUAACUAUAUUUCAAAAGCUGGGAUAUGUCACAAAGUUUCUACCUUUGCCAUGCGAUCUCUUGCAAGUUUAGCCCUACGUGUAACAAAUUCUAGGACCUCACCCUAGUAUCUGUACUGGUAAUCCCUUUUGAUUAAUUCUGUAAAUUAAUCCAGUUCAUUUUGUGUUGUUUAAAGUAGUGAGCAUUUCAAGAAGUGCUUUUAUACUACUAUUGUAUAUUAGAGGAAAAAAGGUUGAGAAUGAAUAAGCCAAAAAAGGAACUUCUUAGUUUAAUUUUUUUUCUUUUUUCCAAAUAAGAAACCACUUAAAUAAGCUUAUAAUUUGCCAAAGCUUAUAAUUUGACAUCAUGUUGUAAUGUUUGCUCUAGAAAUGACAUAGAAGUAUAUGGGGAAACGAGAAGCAUUUUAUAGUACAAGAAAGAACCAUCCAGAAGUUCUCUUGUGGCGCAGCAAGUUAAGGAUCCAGCUUUUUCACUCAGCAACUUGGGUUGCUGCUAUGGUAUGGGUUUGAUCCCUGGCCCAGGAAAGUCCACAGGCCACAGACAUGGCCAAAAAUUUUAAAAAGAGAGAAAGAACUAUCCUUGCCUCUAAUUUAUUUUAUUUCCUAGAUGUCCUAGGGAAAAGGGCAUAAAGGGUUUUAUGUUUAUAUUACAAACUUAAUAUUUUUAGUAUUUAUUUAAAGAUAAAGGCUUUGGGUUUAAAAUACAUUAGAACUCAAAACAAAUAUUUAAACUAAUAUUUGGAAUGACAGGUAAAACAAUCCAUUGUUAUGGUACAGAAUUUUCAUGUUUAAUUUUAUUUAUUUUUAAUGUAAUUAUAGUGUACAUUAUGUGUUGUGUAAUUUACUUACAAAAAGUACACUGAGUUUUGUUUUAUUGCAAAGCUUUAAAUAUAAAUUGCAGAGUGCUUCAGUAAAAAAGGUACUAUAUAUUGUUGUUUGUUGUUAUGUAAGUGUAAUAUUUUUAAUGAUAAAAGUGAAAUUCAAAUGUCUGUCCUCUAUGAAUUGUCAAAUUUCUCAAAAGGACACUGUCAGGCAAAUUUGAAAAUAUACACAUUGAGAAUAAUUUUUAAAC